GCCAAAACGAUAAAUAUUAGGUUAGCGGAGAUCAAUGUUCCAGGGAAGAGGAUGAUCCCUGGCAAUAAUACCGCAGCGCGAUUUUAGCUAUGGCAGAGACUUUUGAGAGCUUUUUUUUUCCACCUCCUGCCAUAUAUAGAGCUUGAGAAGAUUACAAGCCCACUCUGUGCAUCUUUUAUCAAUGUGCCGUUCUUAUUCUAUUUAACAUUUGCUGAUCCAUGGCAACCGAAGAACCAUCAACGCAGACCAUAGCAGUCGUUUUAAUCAUUGUCUGCCUUGUCGUCCUCUUGCCAUGUCUGUAUAUGAGAGUAAGGAUGAACAGAAGGAACGCGCAAACUCCUGUUUUUGGUCAUUUUAGGUCAAUAUCAAGGCGUCAACAAACGUUCUUGAGACGCCAGUCAGCACCACCUCGUCUGGAGCAAGUCAUUGUCCAAGUGCCAGCAGGAGUCGAUGCUGAGAGUAUCAGUAAUUGCUCAAUAUUACCACGUUACGAAGUCGACAAAGCACCCCCUGCUUAUACGGAUAGUCCCUCUGCUUUCAAUGUCAACGAUGACAUGAUUAGGCCUAGUUCAGUUGACCUUUCAGAUGUGCCAGUGGCAGAUCACAUAGGAAGCCGUCAAGAUGCGACUCUAGAGUAAAACUUAUUAAAUCACCAAUUUCGUAUCAUUUCUAUGAUGCACACUUUACUUGCAAACGCUGUGCAACCAACAACAAUACCUUGCUCUU